AUGGCCUCAGUCAUACCAGUGAAGGAGAAGAAACUCAUGGAUGUCAAACUACGGGAGCUUCCAAGCUGGAUAUUGAUGCGGGAUUUCACCCCUAAUGGCAUACUUGGAGCAUUUCUUGCAUUUCAAAGAGGUUAUCACCACUACUACAACAAGUACAUCACCGUGAAGAAAGGGAGCAUCUCCAGGGUUUCUAUGGUGCUGGCGGCUUUUGUACUUUUCAGCUACUGCUUUUCUUACAAGGAGCUUAAACAUGAGCAGCUACGCAAGUACCACUGA